AUGGGCCAAGGGGGAUCCACAGGGGCGGUCCAGGGCUCUCCCUUGGAUUGUAUUCUAAAAAAUUUCUCUGAUUUCAGGAAGCGGGCAGAGCGGUAUGGGGGCCCGCCUCCGGACCCGGAGGCUCUCAGGACGUUCUGCCAGCUUGAGUGGCCCGCUUUUAAUGUCAGGUGGCCGCCCGAGGGAACCUUUCAGCUGCCAGUCUGUUUCUCAGUCCAGAGGGUCACCUAUGUGGUGCCCCACCCCGACCAGCAAAUAUAUAUAAAUGUCUGGACGGACAUCGCCAUGGACCGACCUGGCUAUGUUCGGAAAUGUGCCCAAGGGCAGGCGGGGGCAAACCGGCGGGGCAGGGCAGUGUGCGUUGCCAUUGGACAGGGAGUUAGGGCGGUACCGGUAGGAGGCAGGCGCGUGGAAGCCGCCGAGCAAAAACCGGUCCCUGGUGCCCAAGAAAACCGUUUGUACCCGGUCCUGCCUAGCCGGCCCGAGGAUCCUCUAGACCCAGUUAGCGCGCCACCCCCUUACCAAGCCCCAGCUGUACCAGAUUCCUCAGGGCAACCUGAGGAGGUUAUGAGCCCAUCCCACACCCGGGGUGGAACCUCUUAUAGCAGCGGGGAGGCUAAAGCCCGAGAAGGCAGGGAGUGGGCCGGCCCCGGCUCAGAGGAAGCUGCUAUGCUACCCCUCCGAGAGGUUCCAACUGCUCUGGACGCCCCAAGGGCUCCGCCAAGGUUAAUUUAUGUCCCCUUCUCCACAAGUGACUUGUAUAAUUGGAAGCACCAAAACCCCCCUUUCUCGGAGAAACCUCAGGGCCUGACCUCCCUCCUAGAGACCAUAUUCAGGACCCACCAGCCCACAUGGGAUGACUGCCAACAAACCUUGCAAACCCUGUUCACCUCAGAGGAAAGGGAAAGAAUUUUAAGGGAGGCAGGGAAGGCAGUCAUGGGGGAAGAGGAGGGGACAGUCGGGGGCCGAAGGGAACUGGAAGAAAUAUUGCCUUCGAAUCCCCCUGAUUGGGACCCAAACUCCAGCGGGGGAAGGGAAGCACUCCUGCAGUACCGCCGAGCACUCCUAAGGGGAUUGAGGGCGGCAGCCCGAAAACCCACUAAUUUUGGGAAGGUAAGUGAGGUAGUGCAAGGGCGGGAGGAGACCCCUGGCGCAUUCCUAGAGAGGCUGAUGGAAGCAUAUAGGGUAUAUACGCCCUUAGACCCAGAAGCAAGGGAGAACAGAAGACUCGUCAAUGUAGCUUUUGUAACACAAUCAGCCUCAGAUAUAAGAAGAAAGUUGCAGAAGAUAGAGGGAUUUGAGGGAGAGAAUAUCAGUAAACUGCUAGAAAUAGCCCAAAAGGUAUAUGUCAACAGGGAUGACCCAGAGGUUGGGAAGGCUAGGGAAGUAGCAAAAAUUGUGAUAGCGGAGCAGAGGAAAGGAGGUGCACCCAGAGGGAACCCCGGUGGGGGGAACAGAGAAAGGAGGGGAGCCCGGCUAGAGAAGGAUCAGUGCGCCAUCUGCAAGGAGAAGGGGCACUGGAAGAGGGAAUGCCCCAAGAGGAAGGGGAUAGAGGAGCUAAGGGGGACCCCUGGGGUGCUCCUGCAGACCCUAGACUGACGGGGCCAGGGCUCCAUAAGCAUUGGCUCCCGGGAGCCCAUGGUCACCUUGACAGUCGAAGGAAGACCAGUUGAUUUCCUAGUCGACACGGGAGCCACCUUUUCUGUCCUGAAGCAGCCCCAAGGAAAACUGGAAAAGGAAACAGCCAAAAUUAUAGGGGCCACCGGGAAAUCAGAGACUUAUCCUUGGACAAGUGCGAGAAUUACGGACCUUGGAAAAGGGACAAUCACUCACUCUUUUCUGAUUAUACCGGAUUGCCCUUCUCCUCUGCUAGGAAGGGACUUACUUCAAAAGUUGCAAGCCUCCAUAGUGUUCAAGACACCCGAGGAAGAGAAGGGGGACCCCAGCUUAGAAGUUACUGUUCCCCUGUCGGAAGAGUACCUGCUAGCUGUGAGUGAGGCCAAGCCUCAUUCCACUGGAGUUCCCCAGGCACUCUGGGAAAAGAUACCUGGGGUAUGGGCAGAGACCAACCCCCCAGGACUGGCAGUACGUCAGGCGCCAGUAGUAGUCCAGUUAUUGAGUACAGCCACCCCAGUGCGGGUCAGGCAGUAUCCGGUUCCAGCCAGGGCCAGGGAAGGAAUUGCCAAGCAUCUGCUAAGGUUGCUGGCCGCUGGGAUUCUAAGGAAGUGCCAGUCACCCUGGAACACCCCGUUGCUCCCCGUACAAAAACUGGGGACAUUAGAUUUCCGCCCAGUGCAAGACCUGCGGGAAGUAAAUGCACGGGUAGAGACAAUACACCCCACCGUGCCGAACCCCUACACGCUUCUGAGCGCCCUGUCCCCUACCCAUAUACACUAUUCCAUUUUGGAUCUGAAGGAUGCGUUUUUUGCCAUACUGCUAGCACCCCAGAGUCAGGAAAUUUUCGCCUUCGAGUGGAACGACCCAGAACAUGGGUUAGGGGGCCAGUAUACCUGGACAAGGUUACCCCAGGGGUUCAAGAACUCCCCCACCAUUUUUAAUGAGGCCCUCAGUCAAGAUUUGCAGGAAUUCAGGAGGAGAUAUCCAGAGGUGGUACUCCUACAGUAUGUAGACGACCUUCUCGUGGCAGCGCCCCAAGCUGAGGACUGCAGGAAGGCGACGGAGGACCUGUUAAAGGAACUCGAGAAGCUGGGAUAUCGAGUCUCGGCCAAGAAGGCCCAAAUCGUAUCCACUAAGGUGAGCUACCUAGGGUAUAACUUAAGUGAAGGACUCCGGACACUGUCAAACCAAAGGGUUCAAACAAUCCUGGGAAUACCAGAACCUGCCACGAAGCGGCAGGUGCGGGAAUUCCUAGGGGCAGUGGGGUAUUGCAGGUUGUGGGUCCUUGGAUAUGCAGAGCUGGCGAAACCCCUGUAUGACCUGACAAAGGGAAAAGAGACUGAGUUUAACUGGACAGAGGAGGGACGAAAGGCAUUCCAGGCCUUGAAGGAGGCCCUUGUCUCGGCCCCGGCACUGGCGUUGCCUGACCCGACCAAACCGUUCUUCCUCUACGUAGCAGAGAAACAAGGUAUGGCUCUGGGGGUAUUAUGCCAAACCUUAGGACCCUGGAAGAGACCGGUGGCCUACCUUUCCAAGAAGUUGGACCCGGUGGCGGCAGGCUGGCCAACUUGCUUGAGGGCUGUAGCCGCCACCUCAGUCUUGGUAAGAGAGGCGAGCAAGUUAACCCUCGGACAAGACGUCCAAGUGAUUGGGGAGCAUUACGUCGAGCAGGCUCGCGCGCCGCCUGGACGGUGGCUGACCAACACCCGGCUAACCCAAUACCAGGCCCAACUUCUUAACCCCCCGGCUGUAAGGUUCUUCAAAACAGCUGCCCUGAACCCAGCUACCCUGCUGCCAGUACCAGAGUUAGAGGUAACUCACUGCUGCCCGCAAGUAUUAGAGACAGUAACUGGGAGUCGGCCUGACCUGCGGGACCUGGCAUACGAGAACGCAGACCUAACCUGGUACACAGACGGCAGCAGCUUCGUAAACAACGGACUCAGGUAUGCUGGGGCAGCCGUGACAACAGCGGACGAGGUGGUAUGGAAGCAGGCACUGCCCAAGGGGACAUCGGCCCAGAGGGCAGAGCUGAUCGCGCUCACCCAGGCCCUGCGGAUGGCAGAGGGAAAGACAGUCAACAUUUACACACACAGCAUGUAUGCCUUUGCGACGGCCCAUGUGCACGGAGCCAUUUACCGGGAGCGCGGAUUGCUAACAGCUGGGGGUAAGGAGAUUAAAAACCGCUUGGAAAUCCUAGAACUGCUUGAUGCACUGUGGAUGCCUAAGAGGGUGGCAAUCAUCCACUGCAGAGGACACCAGAAAGGGAGCGACCCCAUAACUAGGGGCAACACUCUAGCUGACCAGGCGGCGAGGGGAGCAGCGAAGGAAGAGGCUGCAGGAGUACUCCCCAUGGUGCCUACCCCAGUGCUACCUUCCCCGCCUACCUAUAGUAAGGAAGAGGAAGUAGAAGGGAGGAGGCUAGGGGGAAAGGUAGACAAAGGAGGUUGGAUAGUGCUCCCGGAUGACAGGCUUUACCUGCCCCAGGGAGUGCUAACCCAUGUGGUCCGAGAAAUGCAUGUGAGCUCACACCUAGGGCGGGGAAAACUAGAAAAGUUAAUAUUAAAAUAUUACAGGGCUCCUAAUCUAAGGGAGGUCAUAGAGUCUGUAGUGUCCAGAUGCCAGGCAUGCGCCAGGGUAAACGCACAGAAUCAGAAGUGCCCACGAUUCAUCCGGCACAAGGGAAGUACCCCCGGAGAGAUCUGGGAGGUCGAUUUCACCGAAAUGACGGCAGGAAGGUCAGGAUACAAAUAUUUGCUAGUCUUAGUUGACACCUUUUCGGGAUGGGUUGAAGCCUUCCCCACAAAAGGUGAAACUGCCGCCACUGUAGGAAAGAUUCUAGUCCGAGAAAUAAUUCCAAGAUAUGGAAUUCCCGUGGCCAUCGGCUCGGACAAUGGGCCCGCCUUUGUAUCACAGAUAUCCCAAAAUUUGGCGGGAAGAUUAGGCAUCACUUGGAAAUUGCACUGUGUAUACCGACCACAAAGUUCUGGACAGGUAGAGAGGAUGAAUCGAACUUUAAAGGAAACAUUAAUGAAAUUGAAGGAGGAAGUCGGCGAGAACUGGGUAGAGUUGCUCCCCUUCGCCCUGUUUAGGGUCAGAUGUACCCCUUAUGUAGGGGGUUGGACCCCCUAUGAAAUCAUAUAUGGGCAGCCAGUGCCCCUGGUGCCCAGACUGACAAGAGAGGAGAUAGAGGCCUCUAACCAUUAUUUCCUCAAGUCAUUACAGGCACUGCAAGUCAUCAGAGAGGAGGUUCGCCGCCUGCGGGAGGAGAAACAGGCCACGACUGAGGCAGAUAGCGCGAACGAACUGAGGACAUUAAACCCUGGACAAUGGGUAUGGAUCCUGAACCACUGGCGAGGAAACCUUGAACCCCGGUGGAUUGGGCCAUUCCAGGUACUGCUGAGCACCCCAUCGGCUAUUCGAGUAGCCGAAAAACCCUACUGGAUACACAUAUCCCACGUAAAACUCGCGCAGGAUCCUGGGGAAAAGAAACCAUGGAGCGUCCGGCAAGACCCAGAAAAACCCUUAAGACUCUCUUUUUCCCGCUCUUAA